AUGAGCCCAGUAGCUGUGGACAACGGCGAGAAUGGCGUCUCAAAGGCGUCCGCUAACGUCACCAAGCCCAACAUUGGUGUCUACACGAACCCCGCCCACGAUCUGUGGAUAAAUGAAGCUGAGCCUUCUCUCGAGAGCGUCCAGUCCGGCGCGGACCUCAAGGAGGGAGAGGUUACGGUAGCUAUUAGGAGCACCGGUAUUUGCGGAUCCGAUGUCCACUUCUGGCACGCGGGCUGUAUCGGCCCCAUGAUCGUCGAAGGCGACCACAUCCUCGGCCACGAAUCCGCCGGCGAAAUCAUCGCCGUGCACCCCUCCGUCACAGACUUCAAAGUCGGCGACCGCGUAGCCGUCGAACCCAACAUCAUCUGCAACCAAUGCGAGCCCUGCCUAACGGGCCGCUACAACGGCUGCGACAAGGUGAAGUUCCUCUCGACGCCUCCCAUCCCUGGUCUCCUCCGCCGCUACGUCAACCACCCCGCCACCUGGUGCUACAAGAUCGGCAACAUGUCGUACGAGGCGGGCGCCAUGCUCGAGCCCCUCAGCGUCGCUCUGGCCGCUAUGCAGAGGGCUAACGUGAGGCUUGGUGACCCCGUGCUUGUCUGCGGCGCGGGGCCCAUCGGCCUCAUUACACUUUUGUGCUGCCGUGCUGCUGGGGCUUGUCCCAUCGUCAUUACCGACAUCGACGAGGGCCGAUUGGCUUUCGCGAAGGAGCUUUGCCCGAGCGUGAUCACGCACAAGGUGAGCCCGGGGCUCUCGGCCGAGGACUCGGCUAAGGCCAUCGUCGAGGCUUUCGGCGGCAUCGAGCCCGCCGUCGCCAUGGAGUGCACGGGUGUCGAGAGCAGCAUCGCCUCGGCCGUGUGGGCUGCCAAGUUCGGCGGCAAGGUCUUCAUCAUUGGUGUCGGGAAGAACGAGAUCAAGUUCCCGUUCAUGCGCGCGUCGACGCGUGAGGUUGAUGUUCAGCUCCAGUACCGCUACAACAACACCUGGCCGCGGGCCAUUCGCCUCGUCGAGAGUGGCAUCAUUGACUUGUCGAAGCUUGUCACGCACAGGUAUAAGCUUGAAGAUGCUCUCGAUGCUUUCAAGACGGCUUCGGAUCCUAAGACUGGGGCUAUCAAGGUGCAGAUCCAGAGCUUGGACUAG